AUGGCGCAGUCGCCGCCCUCUCCCUCCGAGCCAGAAGCGGCCGCUGAGGGCAGCCGGCAAGUCUCGAGCUCCUCUCGCACCAGCUCCAAAUCCACCACGCCCGCACGCCCCACAGCGCUUCUCGCCAGAUCCUGGACGUCAGCCGCCUCCACCUCAACCACUUCCUCCCGCAUCACCGUCGGCGCCAACACCAGCACUGCCGCCGACUCCGGGUCGCGCUCCCACGCUGCCUCCACGCACAGCUCCGCGUCCACCAGGGCGUCCACCCCGCUUCCGGACUUGGCCUUCCGAGCGUCCACCCCGCAACCUCCCGCCGAUGCGCAUCUAGCAGAUCUCGACGAGGAUUCCAAGGUACAGGUCAGCACAUCAGCCUCAGCAUCGGACGCUGCAUCGGGAGAAGGUGCUUUUCAGAAUGCAGGAGGAGAUGACGAGCCGGAAGCCGUCGGCAUCACCGCGAGCUCGAGCAUCCAUGCGCUCGACGUGCUGCAUCGCGUCAACGACAAGGCUGCAGCGGACAGAGCCUCGCACGGCCACAGUGUGCGAUCGAGGCUGUCGCAGCUUUCGGUCAGUCGGGCAUCCUCCAGUCGUCGCAGUCGCAGCAAUAGCGUCGACGUAGCCGCCCGUGUGGCGAAGCAUGCUGCCGCUCCCGAGGACCAGGCAGAGACGCUGCCAGACCAUGCCGGUCUGCCGUCGAGUGACGACAUCCGACCAGCAGAACCCAACCUCGCCGAUACAUCAGCUUCGAAUGUGGAGGCAGAGCGGUAUCCGGACCGCAAGUACUACAUCCUCUCGUCGGCGGGCAAGCCGAUCUACAUCUCGCAUGCAUCGCUCGCACGGCGUCGACGGCAUCGCGAAAAGCGGCGGCAGCAAUCCACACCUCCGCAACAACCCGACGAUGCUGCCAGCGGCUUGCCUUGCGCUGACAGCGACGAAGAAGACGAGAGCAGCACGACGCAGGUCGGCGUGAUGCAGGCGCUCAUCUCCAUCUUCGCCGACGAGGACUCGGACAAGCUGCGCUUCAUCCGGCAGGGCGAUUUGCUCAUCGUCUUUCUGCUUCGCGCGCCGCUCUACCUCGUGUGCGUGUCGAGCUGGAGCGAAGAGCCGUCAACGCUGCGCCAGCACCUCGAGUAUCUCUACCUGCAGGUCGUCAGUCUCGUUUCGGCCAGUCAGCUCACACGCCUAUUCGCGCGCAUGCCCAACUUUGAUCUGAGGCGGCUGCUCGAAGGCACCGAGGGCAUCUUUGACUACCUGGUCAACCAGCUCAACGCCAACAAUGACGAUGCAAACAUGUCCGACUGGGCGUGUGGCCAUCAGUGGUGGCUCCAGGCUUUGCAGCCGAUCCGUAUCACCGUGCCCAACUUGCGCGACCAGCUGACCGCUACACUCCAGCCGCCCGUAGCUGAAGAAGGCAAAGCGGAUGGACAGGUGUGCAGACCCAAGGAUUUGCUCUACGUGCUGCUGGUUGCCAACGGAAGGAUCGUGACGCUGCUUAGGCCGCGCAAGCACUCGGUGCAUCCGAUCGAUCUUCUGCUACUCACAAAUACCGUCAUGGGCAGUAGGUCGAUCAAGACGUCCGGGGAUGGAGAGGCCGAGGUGUGGAUGCCGUUUAGCAUGCCCAAGUUUGCGCCGCAGGGAUUCGUGCAUGCCUACGUCAAGUUCCUCGAUCCCGAAAGCUGGACGUCAGGCAACAAGCAAGGAGAGCGCAUGACGAGCUCCGAGCUGGCAGUGAUUGUGGUCACCGCCGACAAGGAUGCGUUUCCUACCGUGUCGAACUGGAUCUCGUCGCUCGUUGCCAAACCUGCCACCUCUUCAAGUGCCAAGACUCCCGUAGAGGCUAGGAAGGGCAAAUCGAAAACAAGACAUGAGGGUGGGGAGGGGGAUGCAUGGAUGACGUCUUUCCAGCGACACAUUCUCGUGCUAUGUAGGCAUCUAUUGGAUCCGCUCAAUCUGGACCAAGGUGGGCCGCGCGUUUCCGCCUAUACCUGCACCGAGCUCGGGCUGGCGGGGCUGCGACACUUUGUCUACCGCAGCAACAGCACGAUCCAACUAACCUCACCCCUACUGCCCGAGCCGUACAGCACCUGCGCCCCGCACCGCAAACGUCUCUUCACCCUCUACGCCCUCGUCCACCACAACAUCCACAACCCCAUCCCCUCGUCAUCACCCGAGCCAACGACCCAGAUCGCCUCUGCCCUCGGUCUCGCCUCUUCAACAUCUGCAAAUCCAAAACUCACCACGGAUACCAGGAUGAAGAUGCAACUGCUCAAGAGCCACCACGAACAGGUGCUUGGCUGGAUCACGGCACCCUUUGAGCUCUACCUCUGCGUCAAUCCGCAGCUGUCGAAAUCCGCCAUCGUGGCGAUUGCCAACACGCUCACAAAGUGGAUCAAGUCCAACGAGCGCGACCUCUUCCUCGUCAACGCUGGCAGCUUUUAA